UUCGAAAGUGUCAACAUGUCCCUGGCCCCCAAGGCAGAGAUACGGACGUACACGGACGCCAGGAGCCUGGACCCGAGCUUCAAGGAGUUCAAGGCGGGUCAGUACGACCUGGUGCUUGUGGUGAUCCCGAAUUCCGGGAACUUCUACGACAAGCUCAAGCAGAAGGCGGAGCUGGACUACGGAAUCCUGACGCAGUGCAUCAAGCAGGCGACCGUCGAGCGGAGGUGCAACGGGCACGUGGUGGGGAACCUGCUGCUGAAGAUCAACUCCAAGCUGAACGGCAUCAACCACACGCUGAAGGCCGACACGCCCGCGCUGCCCAAGAACGUGAUGUUCGUGGGGGCCGACGUGACGCACCCCUCGCCGGACCAGCGGGAGAUUCCCAGUGUCGUGGGCGUGGCCGCGUCCCACGACGCCUUCGGGGCGUCCUACAACAUGCAGUACCGCCUGCAGCGCGGGGCCCUCGAGGAGAUCGAGGACAUGGAGUCCAUCAUGACCGAGCACCUGCGGGUCUACCGCAAGUACCGCCAGUGCUAUCCGGAGCACAUCAUGUACUACCGCGACGGGGUCAGCGACGGCCAGUUCCCGAAGAUCAGGAACGAGGAGCAGCGAGGGAUGUCCGUGGCCUGUGCCAAGAUUGGAAUCAAGCCGAAAAUCUGCUGCAUUAUAGUCGUCAAACGGCACCACACGCGCUUCUUCCCGAGCGGCUGCCCCUCGGAGUCCAACAAGUUCAACAACGUGGAGCCGGGGACCGUCGUGGACCGCACCAUAGUGCAUCCCAACGAGGUGCAGUGGUUCAUGGUCAGCCACCAGUCCAUCAAGGGCACGGCCAGGCCCACUCGCUACAGCGUGAUCGCGAACACGGGCCGCCUGGACAUCGACCUCCUCCAGCAGAUGACCCACAACCUGUGCCACCUGUUUCCCCGCUGCAACCGGGCCGUCUCCUACCCGGCCCCGGCCUACCUGGCCCACCUGGCCGCCGCUCGCGGACGCGUCUACCUCACUGGCACCACGACCUUCGCCUCCCCCCAACAGGAGUACAAGAAGCGGUUGAUCGACCCGGCCCUGUCCAGCAAGAACCCCAUGUACUUUGUUUAGUUUCCUUUGAUUUCCAUUUUAAAUUUAUUCGUUGUCAGAAAUAUUGAAAUUAUAUUUUAUAAAAAG